AUGGCCUCCGCAGCAGGCGAUGCGGUCGACAGCUCAGAUGCGAGGUCGCCCAGUACCGCUCCCACUCCUGGCGUUGGUGGUACUGGGCCUGGACCUGGACCUGGGGCAACUGGCAUUAAACGCGGCCUAGACGGCGAGGCCAGAUGUGAUGAGAAGGCCGCCGGCGAUGGCGAGGCUGGAGUGAAGAAGAAGAAGACGGGGUCUGGGAGUCGAGGCGUGGCCAAUUUGACUCCCGAGCAAUUGGCCAAGAAAAGGGCAAAUGACCGGGAGGCUCAGCGGGCCAUUCGCGAAAGAACCAAGAACCAGAUUGAAGCUCUGGAAAAACGCAUUCGGGACCUGACAAACCAGAAGCCCUAUCAGGAACUUCAGGCUGUUGUCGGGGCCAAGCAGGCAGUUGAGCAGGAGAAUGCUGAUAUCAAACGUCAGUUGGCAAACAUUAUUAGCAUUCUGAAACCAAUUGUUGAUUCAUCAUCGGGAGAAGCCACACAUGUUUCACCAACUCAUACAUUUUCCCCGCCAACAACGGCGGUGCCAAGCCCAGGCAUUCAUCAAUACAGCGCUACUACACCCGCAACAACAGCUUCUCCUGCCGCAAACCUGGAUCAAAUCCAACAACAGUUGCAGCAUGUGUCACCUGGCCUGAGCGAUGACUUAAUUGGGCCCCCAGAUGCCCACACGGGCUUAUAUAUAGCACAAUUGCACAACCAGAAGCUUCAGCUGCGUCAAGGACUUAACAUGAGUGGAGAGCGGCUGGGACUGGACUUCUUGCUACGGCCAGGUGAGCGUGUGAGUAGGAUUCAGGCUGGCGCCAACGGUGCUCAAGACUCACAACAGUAUCAUCAUGUUCCCAUGAAGCAUGACUGGGCGGCCAGCCAGAACGAGCAAGAAGGCCAUCACCCCUGGACCUCGUCUGACCCUUCUGGACAAUUGCCCGAGUCCUCAGGAUCCGACGGGUACCGACAGGCAGAAAGCAGUCCAUCCGGCAUAGUACCACAUCACCCCGGGGCACUACAACAACAUAAUCCAGAAUCAAACCCCAACGGCCUUCCUUUCUACGCACAACAACUCAAGCAUAGUCAUCCCUCGUGUCCGUUGGAUUCUUUGCUUCUCAACUUCCUCUCCGAACGUCGCCAGCGCAUUGCCGACGGUGUUCCCAUCCGAGAAGUCAUUGGUCCGCGAUACCCGUCUGUAUCAUCACUUCUCAAUCCGUCCAACAGCGUAUAUAGCCAUCCCCUCUCUCGAGUAUUCACCGACAUUCUCUCCACAUUCCCCGGUAUAUCGCGGCUACCAGAGCGCGUUGCUUCCCUCUACGUCAUGUUUCAUCUAAUGCGCUGGCAAAUCUCACCCACUCGCGACAACUUCAAGCUCAUCCCCGAAUGUAUGAUCCCCAAACAGCCACAAAUGGAUUAUGCUCACCCGGCAUGGCUUGACCUGUUACCAUUCCCUACCAUGAGAGAACGACUAACCCAAAUAUGGAACCCUCGUCAAUAUGAUCUGGACAACUGGUUCAUCCCCUUUACGACGUCACUGCGGGUUAGUUGGCCCUACGAGGAGACGGAUGCGCUUUUAAUGCUUCCAGACUCGGACGAAGUCGUGAUAAACCCAGUGUUUGAGAGGCAUAUACGGAAUCCCGACAACUGGAAGCUCGGAGAGAGGUUUGCAAGAGCAUUUCCAGAAUUGGCGGGCACAUAUCAAUUGGACCCCUCGAUAGAUUGCUAG